UUAAGAAAGAAAUGUAAAAGAAGAGAAAAGAGGAACUCUAACACGAAUAGGUGUCAAAAAAAAAAAAGAAACGGAAAACUUUAAGAAUUAAAACUCUACCUAUUAAUUGAAAGUUUCGAUUAAAAGGAGAAUUGCAGGACAUUGGAAAGUGUGGAUGGACACGGAACUCCACAGAGAACAUGUGCUAUCUCUGUUAAAUUCAAAUUAAUUCCCAACGAACUAAACCUUUAUCGAUAUCUCCGAAACGUUAACGACCUACGUCGUUUACAAGUUCUCAUCAGAAACUCCUCGCUUUUCGGUGUGUUAUUAUGGCAUAGUUACUGCUAUUUGUGGCUUUUUCCUAAAACGAAAUUUACUGACUGUAAUUAGAACGAAAUUUUGGUGUUACAUUUUAUGGGUAUUCUCGUUAGAAUACGAAUUUUCUGUGGAGAAUGAUAUUCUUUUGUAAAGAGGAAGUGAAAUCUUGGUGUACCAGUACACCAUAGAAGAGCGAAAAAUGAGUAUGAGAAGAACAAAUGCUAAGUAGCAGGCUAUAUAGGUACGAAAACAGAACGAGGAAGUAACUAGAAAAGAGAAAUAUAAAGAACAAAGAGUCGUAAUAGAAAGUAGACGGAUAAAGAAGAAGAAAAAGUACAGGAAGAGAAGAGGACUUCAAAGUUAAGAGAGAAGGAAAUAGAAGAAAAAAAGGAGCAGGAAAGAAUAAAAUAUCGAAUAAAGCAAAUAUAUAUCGAAAAUAUGACGACGAGUAGAACUUUAAAAACUACAUGGAGACUAACGUGGUUUAUCUGCCUGUUAUUGGCCAGCUGUUUAGCGCAAACUUCACCAAUGUGUCCAGAUCAACGUGAGAUCUCACCAUGUUCCUGCUCCACAAAAAAGGCUGGCUUGGAUAUUGUUUGCGAGCAGACUGAUUUAACACACAUUGCUACAGCCAUGAAUGCUCUCAAAGGAAAACCAAAUACUGUUAUUUUCUAUUUGAGACUCAGACACAAUAAUUUACCUAAACUUCAAGGCUACAUGUUUCUCGGUCUGGAUAUACGUCAUCUUACUAUCCACAACAGCACUUUGGCUGCAGUUGAAGAAUCCUCCUUGAACUCGAUCGGAAACAAAUUGACACAACUGGAUUUCUCACAGAAUUAUUUAGGAACCGUUCCAUCCCUGGCGUUACGAAACCUUCAUCAUUUACUUAUUUUGAAUCUUAAUCAUAAUAAGAUCAGUGCCAUUCAUGCAAAAGCUUUCGAAGGCCUCGACACACUUGAAAUUCUCACUCUCUACGAAAAUGAGAUAUCUUCGAUAGACGGGGAAGCUUUUAAGGGACUCGAUAAUCGAAAAUUAAAACGCCUCAAUCUAGGAGGGAAUAAAUUAACAAGCGUACCAACAUCUGCUCUUUCCUCGUUGGAUAUGUUGAAGAAGCUGGAGAUGCAAGAAAAUAAAAUACGAUCUAUCCAGGAAGCAGAUUUUCUAGGAUUAAAAAAUUUGGACUCAUUAGGACUGGCGCACAAUCAGAUUCGAUCUAUACCAGCUCGUGCAUUUUAUGAUUUGUCACAAUUAAAUUCUUUGGAGCUUGACGGAAAUGAAAUCAGCUAUGUCGAUCCAGAUGCAUUUAUUGGCCUUGAAGAAAAUUUACAAUAUUUACGAUUAGGUGAUAACAAUUUACACAUGGUACCGAGUGAUGCUCUUAGGCGCCUUCAUCGUUUACGUCACCUUGACUUAAGAGCAAACAAUAUAACUGUGCUCCCAGAAGAUGCUUUUACCGGAUACGGAGAUUCAAUAUCUUUUCUUAAUCUUCAGAAAAAUUUAAUUAAAGUACUACCACCGUUAGUAUUUGAAAAUUUAAAUUCCCUGGAAACGCUCAGCCUACAAAAUAAUAAACUCACUCACAUACCAGAGGAAGUGACAGAAACAAUCGUCGACACAUUGCGACAUAUCGACAUAACAGAUAACCCGUUGAUAUGCGAUUGUGAGCUUCGUUGGUAUCCAGCCUGGCUUCAAAAUCUUCGUGACAAGGACGACGAAAUGAUGUCAAAGAAGCGUACGGUUUGUAUGAUGCCGACCGAGCACCGAGAAUACUCUGUGCAAAAUAUACCCUUAGAAAAAAUGGGCUGCGUCAGAAAGAACGAGGAGAAAAUGUCGCUGAAUGGAAUUGCCGUUUACCAGAGCAUCUGUUACGUUAACUUUUUCGCAUUUUUCUUCGUUGUCGGCUUGUAAAACUUUUGUUUAUCUAUCUUCGUCAUUAUAAUUGUAUUUCUUACCUUUUUUUUUUUUACCUUGCAAGACGAAAAGUCCUUAUCAUGAGAAAAAAAUCGCUAACUCGAAGAAAAAAUUUUUUUUUAUUUCAAAUAAAACUAGUAAUCAUUGUGUGGUAAUUAUUUAGCGUGCUAUUUAUUUAUGAUUUAACGUAUAUUGAAGAAGUCUUUUAGAUACAUUGAGAUCUCGUUCCAAUCGGAUAGAGACAUUGAAUACGCUCUAUGAAAGAUAACAAUGAAAGUAUAAGAAAUUUAAGAUAUCUUAUUAACGUAACGUAUGUCGUAGUAACGUUUCUCGUAUUCUAAUAGUAGUUAUACUUUCGAACAGAGUAUUCGUAAGUAACUGCGACAAUCGAUAGUUCUACGACGAUUAGAUCCUUUCACCUACUAAAUUAGUCGAUUAGCACUUCUGAGUACGUUUCUACGUUGCGUCACAUGCAAGAAAUAUACAGGUUCUAUUCGCAGAAGAUAGAUAGCGUCCCGAAAGGGGAAAAGGUUUGAAGAAUGAAAAGAAAGUAGACUGAAUUUACACACGGAUUGUUCAAUGUCUUAGAUCAUAGUCGUAAGAUUCUUUAUUUAAUCAACGUCAAUGUUCGAAGAAUCGUCUGGUUAUCGUUCUAUUAAACAAGAAAAAGAAGAGAAAUAGAACGGAAAUUUAUUCCGUCGAUCUCACGGAAGCGAGUCUCGUUUGUUACGAGUGCAUGAGCUUUCAUCACCAAAACGUUACAUAUCAAUAUCGUUGCCAACCAUUUUGUGAAUAUUCUUUAAGGUUGCGAAGCGAAAGGAGAUUAGUAUAAUUGAUAAAGAAAAAGGUGACAAAAAAAACCUUUGUUUAAAAAAAUUAAGGAAGAAAAUAAUAUAAUUAACUAAGGGGGUCUAACUGCUCAGAUCGCUCAAAAAAGGAAUAUAUUCUAAAAAAAAUUCAUAAAUUCAAAAGUAUAAUUUGAAAUAUUUUUAUUUCUAACUACACAGCAAAUUCCGACUUCAGGAAUUAUUAUAGGAAUUAUUAUGUAAUUAUCAAGAAUUAAAUUAUACUUAAAUAAAUUCUAGACAGAAAUAUUUAAAAAUUACGGUACUGCAGCAGUUUCUACGGAAAUCCUCGAUACGGCAAACACUGAUACAGAUUUACGAAAACGCAAGAUGAAUGUAAAGAUGUUUAAUUUUUUUGAAAAAGAGUAUUUAAGAGUUUGAGAGAAUAAUUAUAAAUCUGAUAUUAUUUUUUUGACAAACAAAAUGGCGGAUUGGAAAUCGCUAAUAUUCUUAUUAAAAAGUGACUAAAUUACUUUAAAAAAUUAGUAUUUGAGGAUUUUUGAGACCGCUUGUUAUGAAUCUAAUAUUUUUUUUGUUUAAAAGACAUAAUAACGGACUUAAGAUUAAAGAUUUUAAUUUCAUUUGUAAUUAAAUUUCUUCAUAAUUAUAUAAAAUAAUAAAUAAAAUGUAUGAUCAUUAGGAAUACAGUUAUUCAUUACUUUAAAAUAUCGAGAAUGAAAGCUACAUUUGUGACUAUUUGUAAGUAACUCUUUGAUCAUUUAUUAGGUAAAGAUUUAAUAAAAAAUUUGAACCCGAUUAAAGCUCUCUUAAUCGUAUUUGUCAUAUACUUAGAGCCCAAAGAAUAAAUAUUUGUGAUAUUACAUUGACGAAA